UCAGUUUUUUUAAGAAAGAUGCCCUAAAUCACUGCUGUGGACCGGUGAGGCCGCCAGCCGCCGGACACCGGCUCCGUCGACCCCCACCGAAGGUAGCAAGCGGAUGGGAGGAGCGGCAGUCACAGAGUCGGGACCCCUCUCUCUCCAGAUCGGCGGAGAAGGAAGGCCGGAUGGUGCGGAGCGGCGGCGGCGCCGGCGCGAAGGGCGGAGCAAUAAGAGGCAGCGGCGGCUGGAGUAGCAGACCGCGGCAGCGGGGGACGGGCCAAGGAAACGGCGUGCGGCAACCAAGAGAGGGACGGCAGUUUGAUUAGGGGAUCUUCCUCCCUACCAGGUCAUCUACACCGGAUUAACAUAUGAAAAGUCAGUAGGCAAUAAGGAGACAAUGCUGGAGUGGUUACUGCUAACCAUGUGCAUAUAUACACACUGGAUCAACGUGCGAAAUGAAUCGGCGGCCUCUCACUUUGUGCUUGUGAGCGAGCGAGGGAGAGCCAGACACAGUCGUCAGUCAUGGUUAUAUCAGGUGCUGUGGAAUGGUGGGAGCAGUGGCAUCUGCGCAUCCUCGUCCUCAGCAGCCUCUUCUUCCAGUACCUCCUGCUCUGCUCUUCUCCCUUGCGUAAGUUUGCUAUUCCUUCCUGGUACAGAUCCAUCAUAUGGCUCGCAUACCAAGGCAGCGAUGCUGUAGCCAUAUACGCCCUGGCCACCCUCUUUAACCGCCAGAGGAGUCAGGAUCAUGGUGGUGCUACUUCUGCAAACAACAGUAGCAUCCUGGAGGUGGUGUGGGCACCCGUUCUCCUGAUGCACCUCGGAGGGCAGGACCUCAUAACCGCCUACAAUAUCGAAGACAAUGAGCUGUGGACGCGGCACAUCCUCACAGCUGUGUCCCAGGUCACUGUAGCUAUCUAUAUGUUCUGCAAAUCGUGGCCAGGAGGCGACAAGAGGUUGUUGCAGGCAUCAAUCUUGUUCUUCGUCCCUGGGAUUCUCAAAUGCAUUGAGAAGCCCUGGGCUCUCAAGAGUGCUAGCAUUAACAGCCUAGUAAGCUCUUCCGCUCAUGCUCCGAGCAGAACUGCCACCAGAGAAGGCGAGAUCAAUUCGCUUGAAGACUACGUGCAAAAGGCAAGGGCUUUUGCCCAGACCGACCCUGGUUUCCAAGCACAAGAAGGUGAUGCGGUGGACCAUGGGGCUGACAAUUAUCUUUCUCAAUCACAAGGAGAAGAUAUUGUGCUGGACCUUGAGGCCAACCAUGGAUCUCAAACACAGGGAGUGGCUGCCACGCUGGAUCUUGAGCCCGAUCAUCAUCCUCAGACCUCAAGGACAUGGAUAGGUCGCCUAAACCAAAUAAAGGAAAAAAUGGGAUGCCACGUAAACCAAAUAAUGGAGAAAAGGAGAAGCCACCUAAACCAAAGAGAGCCAAGAUUGAGAAGGCGAGAUAAUGACUAUAAUGGGGACCCUGAGACCUACAGGAUAUUUGUGGACCUUGCAUCGCCGUAUCCUGAUCGGCUUGUGAUCCUAAAAUCCUUUUGGGUGCUUGAUGGAAAACAAGCAUACAUUUUAUUGCAGAAUAGAUUGUUCAGCAUUUUCAAUCUUCUCUACACAAAAUCAAAGAUACUCGGCAGUUUUAAAGAAGAGGAAGACCCGAGCGGGUUGGAACUUCUUUCUCUGUACAUACGGUUAUCGGCUAGUUUAUUGCCAUGGGCAGCCAUAGGCCUAUUCCACAAGAGUCACAGAGAAGCUUAUGAUGAUAAUGAUGUCAAGGUUACAUAUGCCUUGUUCUGCUGUACUGCAGUGCUAGAGUACUGUUCCUGUGCUUCCUUUGCCUUUGCGAAAUUUACUUUUCUAAAGGUAUUUCUCAAUGCCAUACUCAAAGUCAAAGAUAGCCUCAUAGGCCAAUUUAAUCUGGUAGGAUUCUUUGCUCGUAACAGAAGGCACUCCAGGAAGAUGUGCAUCCUUAAUUUCUUUAACUGCAAAGACUUUCUUGACCAAAAUUGGUCCAUGAAGCCCUGCAAGUUAUCCUUUGCAAUUCUAGAUUUGGUUCUUAAGUAUGUGAAGAAGGGGUGGGAAGAUCAAAUAAAAGAUACUGACAGCUACUGGAAGUUCAACGAUCGCAGGGGGCAAUGGACUCUUCAGUCCAACAACUGCGACGAAGAUCUCAGUUGCAGCUUAAGGAAGCCAUUCGAUGAGAGUGUUCUUCUCUGGCACAUCGCAACGGAUUUCUGCUUCUACUACAUGGGCGCAUCAGCAGAUCACCAAUGUGCCACUGCUCAGUGUAUUCAAGAUGCUUCCGGUGAGGAUCAUCGGUGUGCUGUUUGGUGUGAAAGAUCUCCUCAUCACAAAAGAGCCGUCCAGUGCAGAGAAAUCUCCAACUACAUGAUGUACCUACUGUUUGUCAAUCCCGAGAUGCUACUACCAGGCACUAGGCGAAAUCUGUUCACAGCUGCCAAUUCUGAGCUAAAGAAGAUCCUCAAGGAUGACAAUCCAUCGCUCAAGAAAAUUGUCAAGGGCGGCAAGCCUUCACUCAUGGAGAUCCUCAAGUGCAAUAAACCAUUCUGCAACUUCUUCACAGUCAAAAGGCCAUCGCUCAAGGAAAUCGAAAGAGGAUUUACACAGAGAAUAAUCGCGAAGGUACAGCCCAGGGAAAACAGAGAACAAGUUGUUGAACAUACGGACUUGCCACUGGAUGCGGAGACAGAUGCAACUACACAAGAAGGUUUUGUCCAUGAUGCAUGGAAUCUUGCCAAUGGGCUGCUGCAAAUGUGUGAUGACAAGAUGUGGGAGGUAAUCGAAGGCGUGUGGGUGGAGAUGCUCUGCUUCUCGGCUAGUAGGUGUCGAGGGUACCUACAUGCCAAGAGUUUGGGCACUGGUGGGGAGCUGCUCACGUAUAUCUGUCUCCUGUUGUCGCACAUGGGGAUGGAGACCUUACCGGAGAGGUUGCAGAGGACGGAACUUUCAAGUGGAGGAAAUGCCAGGGUCACUCCAUUGACUUCCCAGGUACCUGCGAGCAAGGACCCACCACCCUUGAGACGUCGGAGGCCUCAUGAAGCUGCUGCUGCUGGGGCAUCUACCUCUCGACCUCAAGAAGUACAACCAGCUGAAUGACCUGAGAAGUUAUUAUCUCCGUGUUGUUUUAUACAUGUCUCCCAGGAGGUGAAGAGUAUUUUGCAAGUCACUCAGGAGGUGUUUGAUCCCAAGCAUCUUGGACUACCUGUACCAGAGGGUAGAAUGCAUAAAGGGAAGUUCCAGACUUUUCAGUCUAGGCUAAGUAAGCGGUUAGUGGAUUGGAGUGAACGCUAUAUGGCCUCAUCUAGUAAGGAAAUAUUGAUUAAAUCUGCGGCCCAGGCUAUUCCCACUUACGUAUGUUAUGAGUGUUUUCGAACUUCUGUAUUCUGUGUGUGACAACCUCACAAGAAUGAUGCGGCAAUAUUGGUGGGGAGUUGAGAAUGAAAGAAGGAAAAUGGCUUGGGUUUCUUGCGACAAGCUUGUCUUACCAAAACAAAAGGGUGGUCUUGAUUUUAGAGAUAUGAGAGCAUUCAAUCAAGCAUUGCUGGCUACACAGGCCUGGAGACUUAUUGAUCAACCGGAUAGCCUUUGUGCAAGGCUGUUGCGAGCUAGGUAUUACCGUAAUGGAAAUCUUGGGGAUACAGUUUUUUCAGUCAAUGCAUCCGCGGAUUGGCGUGGCAUUGAACACGGGCUGGAGUUAUUGAAAAAAGGUAUCACUUGGCGUGUUGGUAAUGGAAUUUUGAUUCGGUCUUGGUGGGACCCAUGGAUUCCAAGGGGUCCAUCAUUUCGUCCAGUUAUGCCAAAACGUCAUUGCAGACUCGAUAAGAGUAUCAGACUUCUUGGAUAUUCAUGGUGUUUGGAGACUGGAUUUAUUGCAGCAACACUUUCUUCCUGCUGAUGUUGUGGCCAUUCGUAAAAUCCGUACCUCACCACGGCAGCAGCAGGACUUCCUCACAUGGCAACCAGAUCCCAAAGGGCUGUUCAGUGUCCGUAGUGCGGACAAGCUAGUGAUGGUACAUCAUGAGGAAGCUUUUACAGAAGGUGCGUCGAGCGGAAGUCCUAAUGGCGAGAGGAAAAUCUGGAAUUUAAUUUGGCAUGCAGAUGUUCCGCACAGGAUGAGGUUGAAUGCCUGGAAGGCUGCAGCUGGUGCGCUAGCUACCGUGCAAUGCAAACGGGCUCGUCACCUGCAGUGCCGGGCUACAUGUCCACUGUGUGGCAUAGCUGACGAGGACACUUACGUGUCCACUUGUAGCAUGUGAGAAUGCUUCAAAGUUGUGGGAUGCUAUGGGGGAGAUUUGGCCAAUACCCCCAAAGGAGCACCUGGAUGCUAUGGACUACCUCAAUCCAAUACGAGACGUGAAGCAUCUGAGUACUGAACAAAUAAUUGAAGGCAAAUAUUCCGUCGCUGAUUCCCUUCCGGCGACUGUUGUCCGACCGCGUCCACCUGAUCCACCUUGGGUACCGCCACCUUCCGGUUGGCUGGCCCUGUCAGCGAAUGGCUCUUUCUCGCCGGAUGACAGUACAGCCGGUGCAGGCAUGGUCAUCAGGAAGUGUACAGGUGAAGUUAUUCUUGCUGCAUGCCGUUUGCUGUUCUUCUGCAAUGAUGCACUUGAAGCUGAGAUACAGGCAAUCCGGGAAGGGAUGUCUCUAGUCCUCCAAUGGUCUAAUCUUCCGGUCAUGGCGCAGUCAGACUCUAUGGUAGCUCUUUCAUCUUUGUCUAAUGCUUCCCUGGCCAAGUCGCCUAAUGGCCAUCUGGUCGAUGAAAUCAAGUCGCUCCUUCUAGAGCGGGAGUUUAUUCCGGUUAAGAUAACUCGUUCUCAAAAUAGGGUAUCACAUUGUCUAGCUAAAUGCUCGUAUGACGUAGUACCCCUUGUUGGUUACAACGAGCUCCUCUUAUUCAUGAUCCUGUAUUAGCUGACUGUAAUUCUGUUGCUAUGGAAUAACUCAGUUUUACCCUCGCAAAAAAGAAAAAAACAUGCUUGUUUGAAAG